CAAUUUCUUACAAAUAAACAAUUAGAUGAAAACAAUCAAAUCGCAAACCUUCUGAUUGCCAAUCCUGUUGUUUCUGCCAGAAAAGGUAGACCUCCUAGUAGAGCAAAAAGCACUAUUGAGAUUCAAGAACUGCAUACAAAAAAAUUUCAGGAUAAUAGAAAGCGAUGUCAAAGAUGUAGUCAAAAGGGUCAUAAUCAAGCUACUU